CGGCAGGUGGGCGGGAGAAAGUCGCUUUCCGCACCAAUAGCUGAGGCGUUCAGGGUUGUCCAGGGACGCUAUCCUCACGUGUGUGGUUCCGAGUGCUGCGUUUGGCUGUGCUGGGAAGUUGAGUAGACAGUGGCCUCGAGACCCUGCCUGCCUGAGGAGGCAUCCGCGAAGGAGCUGCAGCAUCCAGGGGACAAGAUGCCAACUGGCAAGCAGCUAGCUGACAUUGGCUAUAAGACCUUCUCUGCCUCCAUGAUGCUCCUUACUGUGUAUGGGGGGUACCUCUGCAGUGUCGGAGUCUACCACUAUUUCCAGCAGCGCAGGGCCCAGCGCCAGGCCGCAGAAGAACAGAAGACCUCAGGAAUCAUGUAGAACUGGGGGCUUUUUCUCCUGAGCAGAGAGGCCCAAGGCAUGCUGUGGAGAGACUUCACCUGCCACCAUUUCCAGGUCAACAGGACUAGAGCGUUGAUGGUUUUCAAACUCUGUUGGAAGAAAGUGUCUGUGAUUUCUCUGGUUCUGCCAGUCUGUGCCAGUUUGACAGUUUAUGGAGGCUGUUGAAUCAUAAUGACAAUGUGAGUGUGAGGUGUACCUACAGACAGUAAAUAUUUUGCCAUAUCUGUGUC